UGUGAUGUAACACAAAUCUACAGUAACCAAAUCGGGAUGGUUGGGAGGCGCGGGGGAGACGCCUCCAACAGGCACUGCUCCUCCCGGCGGCAGCGAGGGCGGAGUUAACCAACUUUACGCCGAGUGGAGUGGACGACGGAUAGUUAUGUGCUCAGUCGGACCAGUUGACCCUUCGCUAGGGUUAAAGUGAUUAUUUAUUUAUUUAUUUAUUGUUAUCCCUUCAUUGCUUUGUAACUCUUGGCGCAGCGUCAAAAUGAUGCGCUUCCUGCUGCUCUUCAGUCGCCAGGGAAAGCUGCGUCUGCAGAAGUGGUUCACGCCCAUGUCAGAACGUGAGAAGAAGAAGAUUAUCAGGGACAUGACCACAAUGGUGUUGGCACGGCAACCACGCUCCUGCAACUUCCUGCACUGGAAAGACCUAAAGAUUAUUUACAAAAGGUACGCAAGCUUGUACUUCUGCUUGGCCAUAGAGAACCAGGAGAAUGAGCUGAUAGCCCUGGAGGUUAUCCAUCGCUACGUGGAGCUGCUGGACAAAUACUUUGGCAAUGUGUGUGAGCUGGACAUAAUCUUUAACUUUGAGAAGGCCUAUUUUAUCCUGGAUGAGUUUCUAAUGGGAGGCGAAAUACAAGAAACCUCCAAACAAAUGGUGAAUCGCUCCAUGGAAGCCUCGGACAUGUUACAGGAGGAUGACAUCAGUGAGUGGUAUGAGGUGGAGCUGUUUGGAUGACAUGGAAUAUGGACAGAAAGACCAUGGAGGAGUAUAUGAGCAAACCUGCAUUUUAACCCAUGGGGACGAAGGACACAAGGAACAUCGGGGAGGAACCGAAUGUACUGUAUUUGAGUCAAAGAAGUUUCUGAAUAUGGAUAUGGAAUUUAUUUUUGAUUCUAUUCAAGCUUUUU